UUGGGUAGGCGUCAAAUGUUUUGAUUUGCAUGAAUUGCUGUUCAUAAUUGAUAUCGUGAUUCCAGACUCCGAUCGGCUCUAUCACUGUGAUGACGUCUCAGGCGGCCGGCGCUGCGUUCACGCCCGUUGGGUAUGACCUGUAUCUGGAGGGCCGGGACGACCUGCCCGUCUCGGAGGUGGUGCCGCGGCUGCGGGCGCUGAUGGCGUUCCUGCGCGCUCAGCAGUACAGCCUGGACCGGGUGGCCGCCGCCGGCAGCUUCCCGGUGCCGUACCCGGCGCUGGUCGCCGACGCCGGUCUGCAGCAGCGCUGGCACGGCCAGCUGGAGAAGGCCGUGGCCGGCGAGCCGGAGCUGUUCAUCAGCCUGCUCGGACUGGCCAUGUACCAGCUGCUGCACGAGGAGGCGGCCGAGACGGGCGGCGCGACAGCCGACCGGGUGCCGCGCGUCGUCGGCCGCCUGCAGGGGUUCACCCCGACCACUAAGGUGCGCGCCGUCAAGGCGGCCAGCUUCGGCCGGCUGCUGGCCGUCAAAGGCACCGUGGUGCGCGUCAGUAACGUCAGCCCCCACUGCCUCAGCAUGGCCUUCGAGUGCACGGCCUGCUUCGACGUGCGGCAGCACGCGCUGCCGGGCGGCCAGUAUCAGCUGCCGAGCCGCUGCGAGCGCUGCAACGGCACGCAGUUCCGGCCGGUGAAGUCGUUCAAGACGACGCGCACGGUGGACCGGCAGACGUUCCGACUGCAGGAGUUCUCCGAGGAGGACUCGGCCGACAGCGGCCGCGUACCGCGCUCCAUCGAGUGCGAGCUGCUCGCCGACCUCGUGGACGCUUGCGUGCCGGGAGACAUCGUCUCCGUCUGCGGCGUCGUCAAAACGUUCGACGAGCCCACCGGCAAGGGCAGAAACGCAAACAAGAACAUGCACUUGCUGUACAUCGCCGUCAACAGCAUUAGCAACGUGAAGGCGGGCGGCAGCAGCAAGGGCACCAGCGGCAUCCAGUUCACCAAGAAGGACUACUACGCCAUCACGGAGGUGCACGACCGGCCGGACACGCUCCGCCUUCUGGUGCAGUCGCUCUGCCCGGCCAUCUACGGACACCACAUGGUCAAGGCUGGCCUGCUACUGGGUCUCUUCGGCGGCACCACGCGACCCGCCGGCGGCGCGCAGGAGCUGCACGUGCGCGGCGACCCGCACGUGCUGAUGAUGGGCGACCCGGGCCUGGGCAAGUCGCAGCUGCUGCAGGCGUGCGCGGCUGUGGCGCCGCGCGGGGUGUACGUCUGCGGCAACACGAGCACCACGUCCGGCCUGACGGUGACGCUGACACGGGAGAAGCACAACGACUACCUGCUGGAGGCCGGCGCGCUGGUGCUGGCCGACCAGGGCACCUGCUGUAUCGACGAGUUCGAUAAGAUGACGGCGCAGUACCAGCCGCUGCUGGAGGCCAUGGAGCAGCAGAGCGUCAGCAUCGCCAAAGGCGGCAUCGUUUGCACCCUGCCGGCACGCGCCUCCGUAUUGGCUGCCGCCAACCCCAGCGGCGGGCACUACGACCGCGAGCGCAGCCUGGCCGAUAACCUGAAGAUGGGCGCCGCGCUGCUGUCACGGUUCGACCUGGUGUUCCUGCUGCUGGACCGGCCGGACGGCGCGCUCGACAGCCUCGUCUCCAGCCACAUCAUGGCGCUGCACGCGUCGGCCAGCGGUCGCUCCAGCUCUCUGGACACGAGCGCGGCGGCCUCGGCCACUCCGGCCGCCGACUGGGACCCCGAGCAGCCGCUGGUGGAGCGGCUGACGGCCGCCGCCGCCGAGCCGGGCGCCGUGCUGCCGCCGCCGCUCCUCCGCAAGUACAUCGCCUACGCGCGCAAGUACGUUCACCCGCGGCUGUCCCCCGAGGCGUGUCGCACCCUCCAGGACUUCUUUCUGGACCUGCGUGCGCGCCACCAGGGCGUCGACUCCACCCCUGUCACCACCCGUCAGCUGGAGAGCCUGAUCCGACUCACCCAGGCGCGCGCGCGUCUCGACCUCCGCGAGGACGCCACGGCCGCGGACGCGCAGGACGUCAUCCAGCUAGUGCGGUUCUCGAUGGGAGCAGGAGGUCUGGGCGGUGACGACGCGGCCGCCGAGUACCCGGUGGCGCGCGGCCGUGGCGGAAAGCGACGCGGCAAGUCCGGCCGACUGAAGGUGUUCCUCAGUGCCGUACAGCGCAACGCCGAGAGGCUCAACAAGACCGUCUUCACCGAGGACGAGCUGCGGCAGGUGGCACUGCAGGCCGGGGCGGGCGCCGACUGCUUCCGGGAGUUCCUGGACAUGGCGAACCAGGCCGGGCUGCUGCUGAAGAGGGGACCCAAACUGUAUCAGGUGCAGGCGGACUGAGGCGUUUAGGGAUCUGGGAAUUCAUAUUUGGAGCAUAUAGAAACGCCCAGCGGGAGACAUGCAAGCUGAUUCUUCUCAGCUGACCCGCGCGGAUGGGCAAAUGGACAAACGUGCUAUCCCGUGAAACGAUAUCUGAUAGAUCCACAUCAGACCUCGCGUGGGCUGCGGAGCGCGGUGAAAGUUAUUGACCAUUAUCGUCAUGGCCGUUAAAGUGUUCUCGAAGCUGUGAUAUUGCAUUACAUCAUGCUGUUGUUGUUAUGGAAACGUACGCAUUCGCUCAUCGUUUUUAUUGUGUUCAUUUCUCCCUAACUAAGGUAGCUUAUCAAAAUAUAAAGAAAUAGAAAUGUUUGGCUUCAUA